AUGGUUACCUGUGAAGAAACAUCAUGCACUGUUUUACCGGCGGCUAUUUGUCUCCAUUGUAAUCGCCGUCUGUGCACUUCACAUAUUGUCGCACAUGGAGUAGUUCUUCUGGGAGAAGCUGAUGAAUUAUGUCAACAGAUUAGUGAAGUAGCAGAGCAUUUAAAUAAUUCUUCCGAAGACAUUCAAGUAAAGCAUAGUGAAGCUAUUGCUGCACUUGAUGCUUGGCGACAGAAAGAAAUCGAUCAAAUUGAAGAUCAAUAUACGGAAAAGAUUCAAAUCAUCGAAGCAAAACAAGAUUAUCUAAUUGAUCUUGAGAAUAAUUUGAUAUUACGACUUACAAAGAAUGCUCGCGAUCCUUUGGAACAGAUGCAAACCCAAAAAAAUGCAAGCCGUCAAAUGGCUGAAACUAUUCAACAAGUUCUUGUGGAAUUAAAACAAGAAUGUAGAAAACUGACAUGGAAUUCCGCGGAUUCACCUGAGCAACAUCUACCGAUAACAGAUCAGGGAUGUUCAUUAGGACAAAAUCAUCCCGCCACUGAUGAACAUAUUCCAUGUACAUCGGUAAAUUCAUCAGGUAUGUCAAAUUUGCUCAGUUAUUCUUGGUUGGAUUUUGUGCCGUUGGUUAAACCACAAUCUGAAUUUUCAUCUGACGUCGUAUCAUCAGCACAAUCUCCUUUCAUCGAUUCGCCAAUCGACCUUCAGCAUCUUCCUGUUGAAUCGUGCCAAAAAUUUAUCGAUUUCUUUUUAAACGUAUCCGGUUCACAUGAUCAGUCCAUAGAUAACUUCCUUAAUAACUGUCCCAAUCAGACAGUUUAUCUCAACAACUUCAUGUGUGUCCUUCUAUCUUUCCUCGAAGCAUGGCAUCCAAAAAGCUCACCAAAAGUUUUCAACGAACGUGUUUUAUCCUAUCAUAUAUUCACAAUAAAGAAGCACAUAACUAAUCAAGAUUCUCAACGAGUUAUCAUCGCUGCAAUCCUUGUAUAUAUUCACUCAUGUAAUUAUGAUCAAAUUCGAUCAGGACAAAUUAUGAGCAAUCUCUUUCAUCAGUUCCUCGAUCAUAAAUGUCUAUCAAAGGCAUUUAUACUUGAUUGGUACGAAAACAGUGGUCGAUGCAACUAUCCAAACAUUCCCCAAGCAAAACAAUGGGCUGCAUCAUUUAUUGACUACUUGAAUUCUCCGAGUCAAUCGAUGCAAACAUGA